CCAACAAGGCCAUCUAGAUGCCCUUACCUUUCAAAAAACGCCCUGACCUUCCAUACAACAGGAAUCUUGCCUUAGUACGACUAAGACGUUUAGAGAGGAAGCUGGGAAGAGAGCCAAAGUUCAAAGGCGACUAUUCCAAGUUUAUGGAAGGCAUCAUACAAGACGGAGAUGCAGAAAGAGCCGACCAUCAACCAGACCUGGGGAAGGUUUGGUACAUUCCACAUCAAGGUGUCUAUCACUCGAAGAAACCAGACAAGAUAAGAGUGGUGUUUGACUGCUCAGCAAGGUAUGAUGGUGUUGCAUUGAACGAUUAUCUGUUAACGGGACCAGACCUCACAAAUAUGCUGUCUGGUGUUCUCGGUAGAUUUCGGAAAUACCCCAUUGCUGUCAUGUGUGACAUUGAAAAGAUGUUCCACAGGUUUCAUGUGAAAGAGGAAGAUAGAGAUUUCCUGAGGUUCCUAUGGUGGGAGAAUGGAAACACUAACACAGAGCCUGUAGAAUAUCGCAUGAAGGUUCAUCUGUUCGGAGCAGCAUCAUCCCCAGGUUGUGCCAAUUACGGUAUGAAACACCUUGCCAAUCAAAACGAAGGAAAUUAUCCAUCUGCAGCAAACUUCAUUAAGAAAAACUUUUAUGUUGACGAUGGACUUGUAAGCCUGCAAUCAGCUGACUCAGCAAUCAAAUUAGUGAAAGAAACUCAAGAGUUGUGCGCAAAGGGAAAUCUGCGCCUUCACAAGUUCAUCUCAAACAGCAGAGAAGUGUUGGAAUCCAUUCGUGAAUCCGAACGUGCAUCAGCAAUGGAAAACGUAGACCUAAACUACGAUGAUCUUCCAGUCCAGAAUGCACUUGGCCUGAGAUGGGAUGUUGAAAAUGAUGAGUUCUUCUUUAAGGUCUCUAUUGAAGAGAAACCAGCAACAAGACGCAAUAUUCUCUCCACGGUAGCUUCUGUGUAUGAUCCAUUGGGUUUCUUAGCCCCAGUAAUCCUCAGAGGAAAAGGAAUACUCCAAGAGCUGUGCAGACAGAAGCUAGGUUGGGAUGACUCUAUGCCAGAAGAACUGAGGCCAAGGUGGGAGAGUUGGAUCAAGGAUUUACAACAUCUGCACGGAGUCAGAAUACCAAGGUGCUUUGCACCCCACGAUUUUGGAAAGUAUGAGAGAAUUGAACUGCAUCACUUCUCAGAUGCUAGUAGUUACGGCUAUGGCCAAUGUUCCUACAUCAGGGUGAUAAGAGAUGAAAAGGUACAUUGCUCCCUUGUCAUGGCCAAGACCAGAGUUGCACCUACCAAUGUUCUCACAAUACCAAGACUGGAACUAUCGGCUGCUGUAGUUUCUGCUUCAGUGAGCAAGUUCCUGAGAGACGAAUUAGAGUUCAAGGUAGAUGAAGAGUACUUUUGGACAGAUUCACAGGUGGUUCUAGGCUACAUAAAUAAUGAAGCUCGAAGAUUUCAUGUCUUUGUGGCGAACAGAGUUCAAAGAAUUCGAGAAAUUACUGAUCCAGACCAGUGGUACUACAUUGAGUCAGAAAGGAACCCAGCUGAUCAUGCUUCAAGAGGUCUUAAAGUUUCAGAAAUGAAGGACUCAAAUUGGUUUACAGGCCCAAAGUUCCUAUGGGAAAGGGAAAUAGUACCCAUCAAAAAUUGCCUAGAGCUAUCAAUGUCUGAUCCUGAAGUGAAGGUCAUUCAAGCCUUAAACACAACAACCAAGUGCCAGGACGAUAUGCUCGAAAGACUAUCACGAUUCUCCAAUUGGACUACAGUAGUAAAUGUAGUUGCUCGAAUUCAGCGUCUGGCAAGACGAACUAGGAAGUUUGAACCCUUGAACGUUGAAGAAAGAAUGAGAGCUGAGGAUACAGUUAUAAAACUCAUUCAUCAGAAAUUUUACAAAGAAGAAUUAAAGAUGCUCAGUCAAGAACCUGGAAGGAUCCCCAACAACCACCCUUUGCAUCAACUUAAUCUUAUCCUACAGGAUGGUAUAAUAAGAGUGGGAGGAAGAUUGGAAAAUGCACCUUUAUCUUUCAGAGUGAAGCAUCCAGCGAUUCUUCCCAAGGAUUCUACCCUUACAAGCCUGAUAAUUGAUCAUCAUCACACAAGGUCCUCACAUCAAGGCAGAGGUCUAACCUUGAGCUACUUGAGAGAUGGUGGUUACUGGAUUGUGAAUGGCAGUAAAACUGUAGCUAAACACAUAAAACAGUGUGUACUGUGUCGGAAGACUCGAAGGCCGACAGAAGACCAAAGAAUGGCAAAUUUACCCAUGGAUCGUGUAGAACCAUCGCCUCCCUUCUCUUAUUGUGGCAUGGAUUGUUUUGGUCCAUUCUACACCAAGCAAGAUCGUAAGGAGCACAAAAGAUAUGGUCUACUUUUCACGUGUCUAAGCUCCAGAGCAAUCCACAUAGAGAUGUUGGAGAAUAUGUCAACUGAUGUGUUCAUCAAUGCUCUUCGAUGCUUCAUAGCCAUUAGAGGCACCGUAAGAGAAAUCAGAUCUGACCAAGGUUCUAACUUUGUUGGAGCUAAGAAUGAGUUAAGAAAGGCUUUAGAAGAAGUAGACAAAGAAAGGAUAACCAUGUUUCUGGCAGAGAGACAAUGUGACUUUCACAUGAAUGUUCCAGAUGCAAGCCAUACGGGAGGUGUUUGGGAGCGUCAGAUAAGAACUGUAAGGAAUGUUCUGAGUUCAGUACUAAAGCAGAGUGCUGGAAGAAUAGAUGAUGCUUCUCUGAGGACUGUAUUUUAUGAAGCUAUGUCCAUUGUGAACAGUCGUCCAUUGACAGUUGAUAAUAUCAAUGACCCAACAAGUUUAGAUCCUCUGACUCCAAAUCAUCUGCUUCACCUAAAGUCCACUCCCAUACAGCCACCACCCGGCAAGUUCCUCGAGGAAGAUUUGUAUGCCAGAAAGAGAUGGCGACGUGUGCAAUAUCUGACCGAACAAUUUUGGAACAGAUGGAAGAAGGAGUACCUAGCUAAUCUCACUAUCAGACAAAAAUGGCAUACUCCUAGGAGAAAUGUUCAAAUAAACGACAUAGUGAUCGUCAAAGAAGAGGACAUACCCAGAAAUCGAUGGAGAAUUGCUAAAGUUCUUGAAGUUCAGAAAGACAAUGACGGAUUGGUAAGAAGAGUGAAUUUACAGAUGGGAGAUUCCAAAUUAAGUAAGAGAGGAGAACGUCUCACUACUCCACUCAUCCUAGAACGUCCUAUCCAAAAACUGGUUGUUCUUAUCGAGAAUAAUAAUAAUAAGUAAAAUUCCCUUAAUCUAUGCAAACCAACUCAACAACGAAUGCAUAAAUUAAAGGUAAUUUGGUGGGAGUGUAGCUGCCCGCCCAAGCCAACCUAACAUUUGAGCUGCAUAAUUCAUUGUGACUGUUAAUGUAAGAGAAGUUUAUAGCAACUUAGUGCAAAUUUGCAGUACAGAACAAUACAUAUUUUUAUAUACUCUGUUGUAUUGUAAGCAGAAAAGUUAGUCCUGCUGUUAAAGUUCAUUUGUGUGUAGAGUAACAGCCAGCAGCAUCAGCUAAUAUAGCCAGCUAAGCACAGGUCAUUACAGGGUCAAUCUGAGUACUCUAGUCACCUGACAGUCUAGUCCAAUCAGAACCCAGCCUCACUCUGGGAGCUCUAGAACCUAGCCAGACAGCCAGCAGCCAUCUUAGAGACAGAAUCUUCAGAGAGCAUGUCAGAGUAAAGAAACUGCCCUUAAGAUCCUAUGAGGCGAAAAUAGUUCUACCACUUUCUACCACAUUCUACCGCAUUCUAUGCGCACUUACUGCACGUAUAUCGCAACAAUAUUAAUAAAACUGAUCAUCUUUGUUCCUGAUUCCCUAUCCUGAUGAUGUUACCAAUAAAGAAAGUUAUUUUUGUA